AUGGCACGUAAACUAAAGGACAAACACCUCGCCUCCAAAGGUCUCAAAGGCUCUCUUGCUCGACUAAAAGUCCAAGAACAACUCAAUGCAAAGGCUGUGAAAAAUGCCGAGAUUGAGAAGCAAAAUCAGCUUAAUAAGCAAAAAUCAUUGACAAAGAAGCAAAGGAGAAACAAUGCCAAACAAGUUGCCGCAGUUAAAGGGUACUUGCCGUUUAAAACAAAUGACACGGUCUUGCUUAUUGGAGAAGGCGAUUUCUCAUUUGCCAAAUCGUUAGUUGUGCAGAAUUUCAUCCAUCCAGAAAACUUGAUUGCCACAAGCUAUGAUUCUCUCGAAGAGGCUAAGCUGAAAUAUUCCGGCGUUGAAGACACAUUGACUCAAUUGGAUAAUGACGGGGUACGAAUUAUGCAUGAUGUAGAUGCCACAGAUUUACCAAGGACGCUAAACUUUAACGCCAAGCAACGUCGUGGAACUGAGAGAGUCAAGUUGUUUAACGAUGGUCGACAGUUGCGAUACAUUAUGUUUAAUUUCCCUCAUACUGGAUCCGGGAUCAAGGAUCAGGACCGAAAUAUCAAACAACAUCAAGAAUUGAUGGUUGCAUUUUUCCAAAAUUGUAAUCAGGUUUUUGAUUUGGUUAAUGUGGCCAAUAAGAAACAUAACGAUUUUGGUGGGUACAACAAUGAUGAUGAAGACGAUGAGUAUGGCAAGGUUCUUGUUAGUCUUUUUGAAGGAGAGCCAUACAACUCGUGGACUAUUAAGGCUCUUGCUAAAAGUAAGGGCUUCAAAGUGGAGCAGUCGGGUCGUUUUGAAUGGUCAAUGUUUCCGGAAUAUCAUCAUAAGCGAACCAAUAGUGGAGUCAAAGAUACAACAAAGCCUGCUAAUGAGCGCGAUGCCAGGAUAUACAAGUUUGAAAAGAAUAUAAACAAAGAAAAGACUAAGUCGGUCGAUGAUUCUGAUUCUGACUGA